AUGGGCUCUCCGAUUUCUCCUGUAAUCGCUAACAUCUUCAUGGAACACUUCGAGAAAGAGGCUCUCAGGAAAGCCCCAAAGAAACCAGAAGUCUGGUUCCGGUGGGCGGACGACUUCAGGCGGAGUUUCGAAAGGAAACAUCCCAUCUUACUGCCCGCACAAUACAAGAUCAUACGUUUGCUGAUCGAAAGAGAGCAUCGUGCUUUACUACAUGCUAAUCCACAAUUGCUGCUGGCAUCAAUACGCCAGCAAUACUGGCCGCUAAACGCAAGAAAUUUGGUGCGUCAGGUUUGCCGUUCCUGUGUCUGGUGUGCUAGGCAUAACCCAAGAGGACUAAUACAAGCGAUGGGAUCCCUUCUCAGCGAUAGAGUGCAGCCAUUUAGAGCAUUCGCCGUCACGGGAAUCGAUUUUGCUGGAUUAAUCACUACCCUUAUCAACAAAGGACGAGGUCGAAAAACAUGCAAAUCCUACAUAGCAUUAUUUAUAUGCUUCGCCACCAAAACCAUUCAUCUCGAGGCUACAAGUGAGCUAUCUACGACGGCCUUCCUAGCCACGUUACGCCGCUUCAUUGGUCGGCGAGGUUCGCCUCGAAAGAUUUGCAGCGAUAAUGCCAUCAAUUUCGUGGGUGCUAAACGCGAAUUACAAGAAUUGUACGCUUUUCUCCACACAUCUAUCAUUUGGAAAGUUGGCGGCGCGUUGCAGGAGAGAGGCAUAGAAUGGAGCUUUAUUCCUCCAUAUUCACCGCAUCUAAGAAGUCUAUGGGAAGCAGGAGUCAAAUCCUGCAAAUAUCUCCGCAGAGUCAUGGGCAAUACUUUGUUUACCUUUGAGGAAUUGACAAUGUCUCUCGUGCAGAUUGAAGCGUGCCUGAAUUCGAGGUCGUUGUCACCUCUAUCCUCUGAUCCUUCUGAUCUGUUAGGUGGGAAAUAG